GAGUACUUGAGCUGAGGGAAAAACUCCCGUUGUAAAAAACGAAGCUGUUGUGAACCAUAAUUGCGAUAGUAAUAACCACAAAAUUGUGAUAAUCUAUAUAUGAUCUUGGGGGCAAAGAGUGAUCGUGAACGAGAAGAGUAUAGUAUAGGUGUAGAAAGAGAGAAAAAAAAAGCUACGGAACGCAAAAGUGAAAUAAAAAAGAAUCUCUAAUAAUGUGUAAUUUUUCAAAACAUAUCAUAAUAACACUCGGUACAAAAGUUCGCGACGGACCAGCCAGAAGUAGUAACAGCGGAAUAGUCGCCGAGCCAACGGAUGUCUACCAGCUAGCAGCAGCAACAUCUUGUAGCAGCCGUCCUAUCCGCGUCAACAAGUGUGUAACAAGCGAAGAGAUUUAAUAGGAUUGUAAAAAGUUUAUCACUCGAAUAAAUCAAUUAUAAAUCGAGACAGCAGCAUCAGAGCUCUAGCAUCUCAACGGGCUAUAGGAGGAGCGGCCCCAUCUCAGGGCCAUCGAGGGCAAGAGACACAAGGUAGAUAGAUAGACAAGCACACAGAGGUAGAGAGAGAGACAGACUUGUGUGUGUGUGUGUGCGCAGAGACACGGCAGAACACGAACCCCAGGUUUACUGGAGAACAUCGUCCGAGAAGAAGCGGGAGGGCGCGCAAAAUGUUUGACGUUCGUACCGUGGAAGCCGGUGGAAGUUGUGAUCAAGAUCGUGAUAGUGAUACAAUGUCAAUCACAGCGAGACGACGACGUGCAUUUCAACGGCAGGCCUGUUUACUGAGCGUUAUGGCUGCGUUUUCCCUGGGGCUGGCACUUGGCGUGUUUGUGCCACUAAUUGGUAUGUCACAGGCGGUGACGAAUGCGAAAGGAUCUGCCGGUGCCAGCAGUAGCGGUAGCAGCGCCACCGAGAGCGAAGAAACCGGACCCAGUCCGAUGGGAAGGUAUGAACACCUGCCACACAAACUGCCCCACUUUCCGACGAUAGAUGAUCUGCGGGGGAAGGACUCGUACAAUUCGGUGUCCUUCAUAGCCGAGGAAAAACUAAAGGCUGAGGAUGUCUUCCGGCAUGCCUUCCACAUUGACCAACGAGACGAUAAGGACACCAUGGUGAUCAAGAAAUUCGAUCCCGAAGAUCGCUACAUCAAAGAGUACACGGUUCGACGAACUCCGGAUGGCCUUUUCCACAAAGGUCCCGAGAAGAAACUUUCGCAGCCAUCGAUUAUCGAGCAGGUUCUGAGCUCCGGUAAACCGGAGAAAGAAAGUCAGGAUGAACUGAUCGUACAAAUUGUCAACCAUCAGUACGAUCAAGACGAUCAGGAAGACACGGAUGGUGUGAUCCUGAAUGAUAUAUUCUGGGGUUCUACGGUUGAGCAAGCCCUUCCCAAAGGGUUCGACAAACGCCAGAGUGACUCGUGGAUCCGGUAUCUGCAAAACGCCGAAGUUGAUCACCUAGAAGUAGGCUGUGGAAGAAUGCAAAACCGAAUGGUCGUGUUUCGGGACGGGACCCGAGCCUGUGCCCGGUAUCGACAAAACACCGACCAGAUCCAGGGUGAACUGUUCAGUUUCUAUCUCGGUCAGCUGUUGAACAUUACAAACCUCGCACCGAGUGCGGCAUCAAUCAUCGACAUGGGAACCAAACUGUGGUCAUCGGUCACCGACGACAUCUCAAAUUCCCAAUGGAAAUCCACCAAACCGGUUGUGAUCACCAAAUGGAUCGGAAAUCUGGAACCAGCGGGAAUCCCAAAACCGUUCCAACCGCUGGAACGGCACCUCAACAGGCUGGACAUCAAAAACAUCACCGAAGGUAUGGACCAACCGAAACCACCGCCAUCUCUACUGGAUCGACUCGGUGCCACCCCGAUUCCAGAGCUACAACCCAUUCGGCCACCGGGUGCCCCACUCGGCGACCACGUUCUCAAUCGGCUCGUAGAACUGGCCCAAUGGUCCGAUCUGAUUGUGUUCGACUAUCUGAUCGCCAACCUCGAUCGGGUGGUGAACAACCUGUACAACUUCCAGUGGAAUGCCGACAUCAUGGCCGCACCGGCGCAUAACCUGGCCCGCCAGGGCGACUCGCAGCUGUUGGUCUUUCUGGACAACGAAUCCGGUCUGCUGCACGGCUACCGGUUGCUGAAAAAGUACGAAGCCUAUCACGGGCUGCUGCUGGACAAUCUGUGCGUGUUCCGGCGGUCGACGAUCGUGGCGUUGCAGCACCUGCGGGACAACAAUGUCGGCCAGCGGCUGAACGAACUGUUCGAGCGUACCACCAACGCCAAGAUACGGGACGUGCUGCCACCGCUGCCGGAGAAAUCCGUUAAGAUACUAGUCGAUAGGAUUGAUCGAGUGUUAGGUCAAGUGCAAAAAUGUCGUGAAAUUUUCUCCAACCGAUAGCCAACCGGGGAAACGACAAUCGGUCGUCACCCGGUCGGAGGAAGUGGCUCGAGAAGGGGAAAAAAAGUACGCUGGUCGUGUUCAAAAUGAAGUUUUUUUGUUUAAAUUUUUCUCUCGCGUCCCCUCUCUGCGGGAUCUCCUGCGGCCUAGACGAUUGCGCCAGAGCGAUAACCGAGUGGACGGCGGGGUAGCCCAUCGAGAACGCGAACGGGGUAGUGAGGAGCGGACGGAGCGAGCGAGAGGGACGAUGGUGGCAGUGCAGAAAGCAUCGCUUUGUUUAGUGCUGUUUUGUUGUUUCGUUUAUUUGUUUCUUUGUUUGUUUGUUUGUUUGUUUGUCUAAUGCCUUGCUUCAACUCCUACAACACCUAGAGAGAUAGACUGUAUGGGCAUGUGAGUGUGAGUGUGUGUAUGUGCUUUAGUUGUUAUUGGUGAUGUUGUUGUUGUUGUUCUUAUUGUUGUUGUGGUUCCCUGCUGCUUGUUUCUCUCGCUCGCACUCUCGCUCGGAACUGCCACCAUUUCGGCCCUAGAAGGCCCCCGACCGAGUUUGUCCAGGUGACCUCGAGGAAUCGAUAGACAUACCCGUAAGUUUAGUUGGUUUAUUCGAGAUUUAGGGAAUUUAUCGCGAUUUUGAUCCACUGACGGCCGAGGUACAGAAGCACCAAGGAAAAUUGCUUUAGGUAGAGGAAAAUAGCGAGAGAGAUUGAAAGACAGUAUAAAAUAGUUUAGUGAAUAGCAGCUGGGAUGAAACAAAAACCGGGCGGGAUAUGUGUAUGAAAUAUUGUAUAUUUAUAUCGGGUGAAAAUAGGUGAAGAUUAGGGAGGGGGAAAAGCCGCCAAUAAUUGGCGACGUUUUGGUGUGCGAUCGGAAGGCUCUUGCUCUCGUAGGCAUUGGGAUGCGAUCCCGAAUACUACUCUAGUUGACUGGUACCUGAAGCGGGAAUGGCUA